AUGGACACGCCCGAGGAGAAGUAUUCAUUCCCCAUUAAUGAAGGCUCUGCGUCGAUGCCCACAGCCUGCUCUCAGCAGCUUAUUGCUGAGACCAAUUAUUUCGAGGAACCGACCGAAGAGGAUCUGAGGACAUGUCGACGAGAGGCAGAUAAGCUGCCUAAAACGGCUAUCCUUGUGGCCGUGGUCUCUCUAUGCGAGCGCUAUGCCUACUAUGGCUUCUUGGGCAUUCUCCGUGAGCAUCACGACUCGUUCAAGAAAGCAACUGGCUACUGA